AUGGUUCAAAUUCGCCGGGAAGACGUGCGACGGCGAUCGCGAGCCUUUGGACGAAGCUUCGUAGGCUUUUUGCGGUUUCUCCUCGUGUCGGCACUCAUUCCCAUGCUGUUUUUAGUUCGUUUCUGGUGGACCACACAUCACGGCAUUCCCGGAUUGGCUGUUGACAACAAUCUCCGCAUGCCACCCUUGCAAGUCAACGACAACGACCCUGCGGAUCCUGUGAGUGCUGGUACCCAGCUCGAUGAUGACAGUGUUGAUGUACCAAGUCGGCCUAUCAUCUCCGACGUCGCGCGAAAAGGAGACAAUGUAAAAGACAAUCAGCCAAGUGCUUCUUCAAUUUCCUCUACGCUCUUUGACUUUUUGAACGAUUUUGACUUCACCAAACGAAUACCCCUCGGUAGCGACGUCGUCGAGCUAUACCACUGCAAUGUUCCGAAAGUGCUUUCGGAACCAUUACGGCGGUCUAAUUUUACCGCGUGGGCAGAACCACUCGUCAACGAUGCUGUGGCGGCUUCCAUUAAGGCUGCGGCACGCACCGGCGUAUCCUCCAAACAACCAACGGGGCUGACAUCUAGCGAAAUUGAUCUCAUGCGAAAGGAGUUCGUUUUGGAGAUUUUGGAAAUGUACGCCAAUGCCCAAGGUCUUUGCGAUUUCGAAAUGUACCAGGUACCAUCCGUACCAAUCACGACACCAAAUCUAGAAGCCAUACAGACACGUAUACGGGUGCUGGAAUUGGAUGCGGUCGAACGACGAGACGAAAAUUUGGCUAGAAUCAUCUUCGUGAUUGUGGCGUUUCGUGAUGUGGACCAUUUGGAACGACUGCUUCACGCGAUACAUCUACCUCAGCAUGUUAUUACUAUUCAAUUGGAACGACGGACUGAGUCGGCCUUUGUAGCAGCCGUCCAUAACUUGGUACAGGAAUACGAAAACGUUUUUGUACUACAGUUCGGAACUGUUCUGUACAAGACGGAUUCUGUGUCUAUGAUCAAUUAUCGAAUCAUGCAGUGGAUCACACUUGAAUUGGAAUUGGAAUACGACUUUUACGUCACGCUCGAUGGAGCUUCCUUCCCAUUGAUUGAUGCGACUUCUCUAGCGCAAACGUUGGCGCUUUCCCCUCGCCGUAUCUGGUUGGGCGAAAUGACGCAAAAAGGCGCUGUGGUGAAUGACGAGUCUCAAAGUGUGCUCUUAAAGCAAAAGCGACUGAUUUUUACUGCUGGUGCUCCCAAACUACACAAACGACUGCCCCGUAGAACAUUCGAUGACAACUCUAUUCCUCAACGAAUUCGAGCCGCAAUGACACGAAAGACCAAUUCCGGCAAUCAGGGUAUCUACCGACGGGAAAUAGUGAGUCUGUUAUUGGAAAGCGCCGCGGUUCGGGAACUAUUUGCCAUUUCUAAAUAUGGGUGCUGUUGUUGUCUGGAAGAACGGAAUUGGGUUGCUGCUCUCACGUUGAUUGGAUGUCAAACCGAAGCGCUGGAGCAGCCGAGCAUUUUCCAAGUUUGGGGCGGUGCAAUGACUUGUGGGUCGUCUAUGAACAAUGCCGUAUUGAGUCGGAACGAGUCUUUGUGCUAUCGCACGGAGGACGCCACGCGGUCGACUGGCACGAACCGCACUGCCUCCACUACGGCCGACUUUCUCGGGAACGAAACUUGGGACUAUCUGCAAGACGCUAAGGCGCAAGGCAUCUUUUUUGCCCGCAAGUUCUCGUCUGAUGAUCCGAGUUCUGUUCAGCUCUUAGAGCAAAUUGAGGAUCAGCUGUGGUCUUCCAAAGCAGAUUGAUUAGUGUCUGCUCCUUUUAUGCGUUUCGAACUCGCAAAUCUCCUGGACUGUGCUGAAGCUCCGGCCUCUUCCAUAGCUGGCAACUUUUCAUGAAUCGAUCAAUUCUAGGAUUCUUUGUCAUUUUGCCCAGACAACUCGACGCAGUUCUCUUGAGAGCAAUCUGGUGAACGUUAUCUCUGUCACAUUGAGCGAACACGUAUCGACUGGAUAGAGCCGUUUCGCUGAGCCAAUCGGAGUUCUGCUGCGACAGCCAUUUGCCAAUUGUAGAUUGGUCGCACCAAACCAUUGGGGCUUGAUACGGCAGGAAUUUGUUUUGGAAUUAUUAGACAUGUAGGCAACCUUUAAAGGCUUGCGUGACUUUGAACGGUAUGUGGCAGCAUUUAUUCUAGCCACGACAGAAAAGCUUGAACCCAAGCAGGCACAGAUACAAGGGAGUCAAAACAUGUGACGAACUUUUUGCACGCAUCAUCGUGGUCAUUUGGAUGUUGAACACCCACGACUUUUUUGCAUGCUGUGCUUCGCCUAUUGCAUCGAGCAAUGGACUGGCAGGGCGUUCGAGGCAGCUAUCCAAAAGGAGCUCAGCUUCGAAAAUGAGCUACUUGUACGAUUCGGGACAUAGAGGCGACGAUCAAAUAAGACAACAAAGCUGUUGAAAGCUCUUCGAUCUACUCACC